AUGAGAUAUAGGUGUGAAUGUGGAUGGGGUGAUGAUGAUGACGGUGACGGUGAUGUCGAUGAUGUUAAUGGGAAUGGGGAUGGGGAUGGGGAUGGGGAUGUGGAUGGGGAUGGGGAUGGGGAUGGGGAUGGGGAGGAGGUGGAGGAGUGGGAGGAGGAGUUGUUGGUUGAUGGGAGUAAUCUCAGUUGGGGGGAUUUUGAGAAGUGUGGUGGAUGUGGGGAUAAGUUGCUGGAUCUGCUGUGA